AUGAUGAUAAAUUUUUUCCAUAUAUUAGAUCAGAUAAUCUAUUGGAAUGGACAGAAUUGGGCUAGAUCCUGUGCCUUCCACGGAAAUAAUCUGUCUCAUGUGGAGAUUUCAGCAGAACUGUGUGGUGGAAAAUGCUCGAAAACUGCACAAUGCACUCAUUAUACAUGGACAACGUCGAAUGGUGGUACUUGUUGGAUGAAAAAAGGAAAUGUUUCCAAGGCUGAUGCAUCACCGAUGAAUGAUACAAGUAUGAUUUGUGGGGUUAGAGAAGACAUCCAACAAGGUAUAACGGAUAACACUGUUCAAUGGAAUGGACAGUAUUGGGCUAGGUCCUGUGACUUCCAUGGGAACAAUCUAUCUCAUGUAGAAAUUUCACCGGCGCUCUGUGGUGGGAAAUGCUCUGAAACUCAAGAAUGUACUCAUUAUACAUGGACAGCGGCGAAUGGUGGUACUUGUUGGAUGAAAAAAGGGAAUGCUUCCAAAACCGAUGCAUUUUUAACAAAUGAUCCAACUAUGAUUUGCGGUGUUAGAGAAGACAUCCAGCAAAGCAAAAGGAAUUCUACCGUUCAAUGGAAUGGACAGUAUUGGGCUAGGUCCUGUGCUUUCUACGGGAACGAUCUGUAUCAUGUGAAAAUUUCAGCAGAGCUAUGUGGCGAAAAAUGCUCGGAAACUCCACAAUGCACUCAUUAUACAUGGACAACGUCGAAUGGUGGUACUUGUUGGAUAAAAAAUGGAAAUGUUUCGAAAGCUGAUGCGCUUCCAACGAAUGAUCCAACUAUGGUUUGUGGUUUUAGAGAAGAUAUCCAGCAAAGCAAAAGAAAUUCCACCGUUCGAUGGAAUGGACGGAAUUGGGCCAUGUCCUGUGACUUCCAUGGGAACGAUCUAUCUCAUGUGGAAAUUUCAGCGGAGCUAUGUGGUGGAAAAUGCUCGGAAACUCAACAAUGCACUCAUUAUACAUGGACAACGUCGAAUGGUGGUACUUGUUGGAUGAAAAAGGCGAAUGUUUCGAAAGCUGAUGCAUUCUUAACAAAUGAUCUAGCUAUGGUCUGUGGUGUAGUAAUGAGUAUAAAACGUCGAGCUAUAAAGUUUUUUUGA